UCAGGUGACUUAUUAAAUAAGUUUUAGACCUGUAUAGGGUGUGUUUUGUAAAUAGUGUACAAUGGAGUGUAAUUGUGUAGCGUAUAUAGGACUUGCAAGUCUAACCUAUCUCAGUCUUCGUCUCUUAUGGGAUAUAUACUCUGGUGUCAAACUUUACUUUCUGAGCAAUUAUCCGGAUUUUCGUCAGUAUGGAGAAUGGUCAGUUGUCACUGGAGCUACUGAUGGUAUUGGAAAAGCAACUGCGAGGGUACUAGCUCAGCGAGGACAAAAAAUAGUUCUUAUUAGCAGAAACCUGGCAAAACUUCAAUCAACAGCAAAAGAAAUAGAAAACGAUUUUAACGUUGAAACAAAAAUAGUUCGUGUCGAUUUCACUCACGAUGAGUCGAUCUACGAGGAAAUCUCGUCAGAAAUUAAAGAUUUAGAUAUUGGCGUCCUUGUCAACAACAUGGGGAUUUCUUACGAACACCCUGAAUACUUUCUUCAAUUACCCGAUCUCUCCGCUACUAUCAUGAGAAUGAUCAGAGGCAACAUCAUGUCAGUGGUGAAAAUGACUGAAAUUGUGCUCCCAGGCAUGGCAGACAGAAAGAGAGGGAUCAUUCUCAACAUAACAUCAGCUGCAGCACUGAAACCAACACCUAUGCUUGCUCUCUACUCUGCUUCAAAAGAUUUCGUCAACCAUUUUUCAAAAUCUAUCGCCUAUGAAUACGAAGACCAAGGAAUAAAGAUCCAAAGUGUUAUGCCAUUCUACGUUACUACAAAAUUGUCCAAAAUCAGAGCAUCGAGUCUUCUUGUGCCGACUCCUGAAGUUUAUGCGAAGAGUAUGUUACGGGGUGCUGGAGUGACCAAAUUCACUCAUGGCUACUGGGCACAUGGACUUGAAGGCUGGAUAGUUCGUUUGCUUCCUAAUUGGGUCUAUGCCUACAUCAUGCUGCAGAAAGGGGAGGCGAUCAGACAGAAAGCGUACAAGAAGAAAGAAUGGCAGAAGAAGAAUAACAGCGGAGAAGUAAAGAAAGAACAAUAACUUUAAAUUCAUUUGUUAUAAUUUCAAGAUGAUUUGAUUUUUAGAUUUAUGUGAGAUGAUACUUCAAUUGAGCAAUUACGUUUAGUAAAAUAAAACAUUGUAAUCUGAAAUUAUACAACUUUGAUGCCAUGCUUUAAGAAAAAACCAAUCUAAGAAAACUACCAAUCUAGGAGUAUGGCAGAACAUAAGUGGGUACUCCCGUAUUAUGUGAACCAAGAUGGCAGACACCGGAAUGUAGUAUGUGUACCAGGUUAGAGUUGGGCCAUAAUUUCAGGUACAAAUACUACGGAAGUCACUUUGCUAGUCCCCGAACUCAUAAUAGAACUGAAAUAAGGAAAAUUGGAGUAAAAUUUUGGCCUAACCUGGUACACAUACUAUGUUCCAGUGUCCACCAUCUUCAAUUAUUUCGGGAGCGCCAAUAAGUGUACUGUUUAAAGGCUUACUAAUGUAAUAAUAAGUGAUUCAGUUUUCGAAACAGUUAACUAUAUUGAAUAUCAUCAUUUUUGAAUACCCGCUUGACUUUAGAUUAAUUGUAAAGUUUUGAUUAUUGCUUCAAUACAAUAAAUAAACCUAGAUUUUAAUUUAUGAAAAGUUAACUUGCCUUAUAUCGCAGUAUCCAGAUGAAUGGUUGGGUAAUACUUUAUUCUGAUGAAUAAAUAUAUAAUAUUAUUUUAUGAAAAGCAAUUUGCGCAUUUGUGUUUUAUAAUUGGUUUGUUACAGGUACUGAUUGGAAAUUGUCAAUAUAAACCAUAUCAAUGCUAUUCAUGAAUGUUUUCCAUAGUUCCGUAGCUUGCUAAUUACUUAUUCAAAUGUUGAUGCAACAUAGUGUUGAAAAAGUUGUCAUGGUGAUUAAUUUUUGGGGUUGGUAUUGCUUGAAUCCUUAAUUUUAUCCUUCAUACUUUAGCCUUUUAUAUAUUCCUAUGUCAUGUUCCUUUUAAAUAAUGCUUUAUACAGGAUGCUACUAAGAUUUGCAUAGCGGGCUUUUCUAAAAAGAUGUUAGUGGAUGAUAGUUGGAUAGUUGUUCCUUCCUUCAUGUGUAUUUAUUGAAUGAGAAAUCUGAAUUUUACCAGAAUGCUGUGUAGGUUUUCAGAUGAGAGUUCUUAAUUCAUGCAUUCAGAGUUUUUCAAUGCAGUAUUUCUUGACCUUAUCUUAUAGGGGUUAAAUUUUUCAUCUCCACAUACUGCAGUUGCGGAGUAUAGUAAAAUCUAAAUUGAAGGAAAUUCAGCUUAAAUAUUUCACGUUAUUUUUUGAAUCACCAAUUUUUGGUUAUGAGUAGGUGUUUGUAAUUUUAUUUUGUGCAUCCUUAUUCAUAAAAUGAAGUUUUAUGCUUGAUUUUUAUUUUAUAUUGCUCUAUUAAUCUUCAUGCUAUAAAUCUAUAUUAAUUAUACUUAUUGGUUAAUGUUCUGAACUAAAAACAGGGUGACCCCAAGAAACAGAACCAAAACAUUCCUCAAUAAUUUCUAUGAAAGGGAAGUAAAUUUGACACUUAAACUUCUGUCUGUGUGUGAUGGUAACCAACAGUUUUAAUCUAGGACUCUUUGCACAGAAGUUAUGUUCUCUCUAAAAAAACGAUUCUCCACCGGGGGCCAUUGCCCCCAACAGGGGCCACAGAUCAAUUGGAGAGGGGCCACAAUGCUAGGCGCAAAACUGAUUUUACAUUUCCUUUUACAAGAAAACUUCUAAGUUAGUUACGGUACUUAAUAAGGGUAUUUCACAGGGUGUUUUCACUAUUUUGUGCAUAAAUUGUUUGAACAUAAAGGGAUUCGGAAUCAACCAAUUAAAAUAAUGCUAUGAGUACCACUUGACUGAUAAACGGAGGGGCCAUGAGUGCUAAUAAAAGCCUCCGAAAGGGAGCCAUGAGCAAUAAAAGGUUGAGAAACACUGCUCUAGGAUAUGUUAAAAUUGACGUGGGUUCUGUCUUUUGCGGUCAUUUUAAUGGCGUUGGAUUGUUGAUAAAUUCUAUGCUUAAUGUUUUGAUGGAUGUCUUCUAAAUUUGCUGCUCAGUUUCUUAAUCAACAUGUGAAGCAGAUCUUUCCUAUGCUUAAUACUUGGUACUUGUUCUAUUUAGCUUCAGCCUUUGUUAAUUUG